UCGCGCGGCUGCAGGCGCAGAAGCGUUUGAAAAGAAACGGGCGAGCGCUCGAGCGGGGCUUUCAGAGCCUCCUGGACGGCGUCGGGGCGGCAGCGCACGGGAGGGUUGCGCUCACUCACUCACGUUAGUCAGUCAGUCAAAGGGGAAAUGGGGGAGCGGAAAGCCCCGCACGCCGGGCUCAUGGAAAAAUAUUCCGGGGUGUCCGCGGGGGAGGGAGUGCCGGAGUACGGCUGGAGGAUCUGUCUGGGGCACCUGUUCACCGAGAAGAGGAAACCUUUCGAGGCGAGAGACGUGUCUCUGUCGCAUAUGAUCGACCACUUGGGCCUGGGAAUAAGGUAUUUAAAAUGGUGGUACAGAAAAACACGAAUAGAGAAGAAGGCACCUUUUAUCGACUCCUUUAAUUCUAUUCCAUUGAGACAGAUUUAUGGAGCUCCACUAGGUGGAUUUGGAGGAGGCACCAUUACAAGAGGGUGGCGAGGAGAAUUCUGCAGAUGGCAGCUGAGUCCGGGAAUGUACACAUAUAACACGGUGUAUGAGAACCAGUUUACUGUCUGCAUAAGAAAAAAUGGACAGACUAUGUAUCAACAAGUACUUUCCGCUGAGAGGCCUAACAAGCUUCAGAGUUGGAAUUGGGGCUACUGUGGAGAGUAUGCCUUUUACCAUGCCCUGUAUCCACGUGCCUGGACAGUUUACACCCUUCCUGGACAGAACGUGACUCUGACAUGUAGGCAGAUCAGUCCAAUUCUUCCACAUGACUAUAAGGACACCAGUCUGCCAGUUGGAGUUUUUGUGUGGGAUAUUGACAACCAAAAUGAUGAAGACCUGGAGGUUUCAAUAAUGUUUACUCUGAGGAAUGGUACUGGAACCAAGGAUGACCAGCUAGGGGGACAUUGGAAUGAACCUUAUGAUUUGGUAAAAGAGGGAGAGUGCGUAUCAGGGGUGCUAUUACAUCACUGCACCCCUGUAAAUCCAUAUACAAUGGCCAUUUCAGUAAGACAACAGCCAGGUGUAUUAAUUAGCCACACAACUGCAUUUAAUCCAUGUAGCGAGGGACAUGAAAUAUGGAGGGAUUUAAUUAGAGAUGGAAACUUGGACUCACCAGCAGGAAGUAGUAAACCUACAGAGCAUGGACAGGUGACUGCGGCUGCCAUUGCAGGUACCUGCAAAGUUCCUGCAAGGGGACACAACCACAUGGAAUUCUGUCUUGCUUGGGACAUGCCAAAAAUCUAUUUUGGGGCAAAGGAAAAGGAGCAUUCAAGGUGGUACACUCGCUAUUUUGGAGCUAAUGGAAAGGCUUGUCCUGGUCUCAGUCACUAUUCUCUAACACAUUACAAGGAAUGGGAACAAAAGAUUAAUGAUUGGCAACGUCCGAUUUUAGAAAAUGGGAAAUUGCCUGACUGGUACAAAUCCGCACUAUUUAAUGAGCUUUACUUUCUAUCUGAUGGAGGGACAAUUUGGCUUGAAGUGCCUGAUGACACUGAUAUAACCAGUGGUUUGAGCAAUGAGCAGGAUGGACUUCCUCCUCUACCUAAAGUGCUGAAGGAUUAUGGGCGAUUUGGAUAUUUGGAAGGACAGGAGUACCGUAUGUACAAUACCUACGAUGUUCAUUUUUAUGCAUCAUUUGCACUAAUCAUGCUGUGGCCUAAACUGGAGCUUAGUCUGCAAUAUGAUAUUGCUGCGGCUGUAAUAAAGGAGGAUAGCACACAGCGCAUCCAUCUAAUGAACGGGAGAAGGGCAAAGGUGAACACGCCAAAUGUAGUCCCACAUGAUAUAGGAGAUCCAGAUGACGAGCCCUGGGAGCGAGUAAAUGCUUAUUUGAUUCAUGAUACAGCGGACUGGAAGGAUCUCAACUUGAAAUUUGUUUUACAAGUGUACAGAGAUUACCAUCUAACUGAGGAUAGCACUUAUCUUCGACAUAUGUGGUCUGUCUGCCAGGCUGUGAUGGAGUCGGAGCUGAAGUUUGAUACUGAUGGAGAUGGUCUUAUAGAAAACUCUGGCUACGCAGACCAGACGUAUGAUGGCUGGACUGUAACAGGACCCAGUGCCUACUGUGGAGGGCUAUGGUUAGCCUCUGUAUGUGUUAUGUGCAAGAUGGCUGAGAUCUUGAAAAAGGAUGCAGAAUACAAAAAAUACAAAGAUCUGCUAAAGAGGGGAAAGGAAUCUUACGAGAGGAUAUUGUGGAAUGGUAAAUACUACAAUUACGAUGGCAGUAAGAAGCGCUACUCAAACAGUGUGAUGUCUGACCAGUGUGCUGGACAGUGGUUUGUGCGAGCAUGUGGCCUGGGAGAAGGUGAAUAUGAGGUAUUUCCAAAUGCCAAUAUUGUAUGUGCCUUAAAGACCAUCUUUGACUUGAAUGUCAUGAGUUUUGCUAAUGGAACUAUGGGAGCAGUAAAUGGAAUGAGACCUGAUGGAACCGUAGACACAUCCAGUGUCCAGUCAGAUGAGGUUUGGACUGGAGUCGUCUAUAGUCUGGCAGCCACAAUGAUUCAAGAGGGACUUGUUGAUGAAGCAUUCAAGACUGCAGAGGGCACCUACAGGACUGUGUGGGAACGCCUUGGCAUGGCUUUUCAGACACCUGAAGCUUACUGUGAAAAAAACAUCUAUCGUUCAUUGGCAUAUAUGAGACCUUUGAGCAUAUGGAGCAUGCAACUUGCACUGGAUAAAAUGAAAGCCAAACCGGACUUCUGAAUAAUUGAGGAUGAGAUUGUAAUUGCCAUUUUGAUGGGUUUGUCUGAGGAUCUUGUGUUUUUUUUUCCUCUACCCCAUCUAAUCCCCACACUGCAAGGUGGGCUGUUUCCAAAUUUAUACUUCAUUGUUUCUGUCAGAUUUAUUAAAAUGUUAAUUCAUUUUACAUUUGUAUUCAAAUUGGUCUAAAAUGCAAGAUAGCACUUUAUGGGGAGGGGAGAGCAUAUGGGAAAAUUUAUGCUCUUUAAAUACAAAUGUUUUAUUUAUACUUGAAAAUUACAGUGAAGUAUGUGGUUAAUGGAACCGUUGAAUUACAGUACACGUUGUAGCACUGAAAUUUUGGAUUUUGAAAUACAAAGUGAACAUUUGAGCUUAAAUUAAUCGGGCAAUCUCAGACAUUUACAGCACUGUUAAUUUACUCUAUAGACACACGUCCAGGUAAUUAAUUAGUUUUGGACAGUGCUAGAAAAUUGCAGCUUUUCAUUAAUAUAGUCCUGGGGUAGGUGGGAAUAUUUUGGAUUCUUUAAAGUAAAAUUGGUUAUCUCUGGUCCUCAUAAUCUCAACAUUACUGUUACAGAUAGGUUGUAUACUUAAUUAAUUCAGAAUUUUUAAUUUGUCACAGUUCAUAAAAGGGAUUUACUUUAUCAUGCCUUCACUAAGUAUGAACACAAACUGAGCUAAACACAACUACAUUUCCAACUAUAAUUUUCUAUUUGAUCAAUAUGCUGCUUGAUGCACAUAUAAUGUAAUUUUACAAAUUGUGUGUGGGUGAUUUAAAUAUAGCUUCUUUAACUCUAAUUGAAUUUCUUUGGUUUUAAGGUUUUUUUUAAGUUUAAAUGGGGUAAGUCAUGCUUUGUAUGAUCAGAUAUGCUUAAUCCCUUGGUGUUUAUCUAUGCUUUCUAGCUCCAAUUCAAAUUAUUUACUCUCAGGUGAUUGUUUUGUUAAUUAAUCCCAUUUGUGUUUUUGUACACAUAUGUAUAAGUGAAUAUAGUACAUGUUUUUGUAAAUUUGUGGACCAAGUUUUACAAUGUUUAAGUGUAAAAUUAUUAUGUAGCUUCACUUUCAUGUUUUCAAACCUUUAAAGAUGCACCUGACAGUUAUUUUAUUUCUAAGCUGAUUGAUCACUGGUUUUAGGGAUGGGGAGGUGGGGAGAGAAAGAGAGAUGUGAGGAAGAUGCUGAAUUACCUAGUAGUGACCUCCUGU